CGCCUGAUAAGUUUUAUUUUCUAAACGAUGACCGGAAGCACCCUACCACAGCGUCAAACUUCGCUGUUAUUAAAUAGUAGUUUGUGUGUCAUGAUUUUGUCUCAGAGUUGUGCUUACAAACUGCAUAAUGCGGCGUUACAUUCGUGCACUAAUGUUGUGCAUGGUGUUUGCCGUGUUUUCGGGUUUGUAUGUUUACAGUAAGCUGCUUUAUUCAGACAUGCCGGCUGGAGGAAACGGACCGAAGAGGAUUUUCAUCCCAUCGAGAGUUACCGGAGGCAGGCGAGGGGCCGUGGACAAAACUCGGCCCCAAAGCCCACAUUGGUACAAUAGGUAUAUCAUGCGUCAGCGGGGUCAGGCGGAGGCAGGCGGUGUUCAGAGCAUACCCGAACCUCCCAUGCACCUGGCAGUGGUGGCUUGUGGUGAGAGGCUGGAGGAAACUGUCACCAUGAUCAAGUCUGCUGUGCUUUUCAGCAUCAAGCCUCUCUACGUGCACAUCUUUGCUGAAGAUCGGCUACACGCCAGCUUCAUGGAAGUUCUGGAGUCGUGGCCUGGCUUUAUUCGCUCUAAGUUCAACUACACGGUGUACUCCAUCAGCUUCCCCAGUGAAAAUGCAGCAGAGUGGAAGAAACUCUUCAAACCCUGCGCCUCUCAAAGGCUCUUCUUACCCCUGAUCCUAAAGGACAUCGACUCCAUCGUGUACGUCGACUCAGACAUCCUCUUCCUGCAGGUCGUAGACCACCUGUGGGAGCUCAUAUCCCAUUUUAAUUCCUCCCAGCUGGCCGCUAUGGCCCCUGAGCAUGAAGAGCCCCGCAUCGCCUGGUACAACCGCUUUGCCCGCCACCCUUUCUAUGGCAAGACGGGCAUCAACUCAGGGGUCAUGCUCAUGAACAUGACAAGGAUGAGGAGCAUGUUCUUUAAGAAUGACAUGACUUCUGUGGGGCUACGUUGGGAGGAGCUGCUGAUGCCUCUGCUUCAGAAAUAUAAACUCAACAUAACCUGGGGAGACCAGGAUCUUCUAAAUAUAAUUUUCCACCACAACCCAGAGUGCUUGCUGGAGUUUCCAUGCCAGUGGAAUUAUCGUCCAGAUCACUGUAUAUAUGGCAGUAACUGCGCAUCAGCCGAAGAAGGUGGCAUCUACAUACUGCAUGGUAACAGAGGGGUUUACCACGACCACAAACAGCCUGCCUUCAGGGCUGUGUAUGAAGCCAUACGAAAGUACUCUUUUGGUGCGGACCCGCUGAAUUCUUUGCUGGAACCUCUUGAGGAGGAAUUGCUGAAGACGACGCACACGUAUUGUGGUAAAAGCCACCCGCUCUUCACCAAGAGACUGGCACACAGCCUGGCAAACAUGAACAGGAAGGUCCCACAUGGACGGUGACAAAAAUGCGUCACCAUGAUGGCCCAGAGGCCAGGAGGCGAAACUUUGUGCCUUUGCCUCAUGUUUAUAAGUUUGGUGAGAAAAACAAGCAAAGGUGCUAAUUCUGACUGGCCAUCCAAGCUUGUCCUCAAGCAAGAAAGUCAACCUUCUUUUUUGGAUUGAGACACAGUCUGUUCAAACACAAUGGACACGAUUUGUGCUAAAAUGCAAAUGCCACUCUGUGGACAACUAAUGAGUGGAGCUUUUAUGGUGAACAGCUGCCCCAAGCUCAGUAAGACAGUUGGGAUUGUCUAAGACUGAUGCUAGUAACUGCUCACCUCUUGGAAAUUGCUUUGGAUAAGAGCGUGAUGUAUAUUUUGAAGAUCGACUGUAAAUGUCUUGAAGGAUGGUCGGCCUUGUAACAAAGUACUGAACUUCAAGAGAGAAAAAAAAAAUAUCCACUACACAGCCAACCAUGGAUUCAUUUUUCCAAGCGUUUCUACAGCCUUUCACGAUAUCUUAUAGUUUAAUAACAGAUUGGGUUUUUUACACCAACAACAUUCCCUUGUCAGCGCCUUUUGGUUAAUGACAAAAAGGUGAAUACUAGGUGCAAAAGUUUGGAAGAGCAGUUCUUGACUUUCCAUAUUGGAGAAUUUAUUGAACUAUGUGAAACACUCUUAUUAAAAGAGACAGAAAACAUAUCAGAACUGGACAAAGGCCUUAGACAGGGCCUUUGAGAGACUUGUGCACUGGACCACUUUUAGCAUAACACUUAUUUACCAGCAGGAUGGAAGAGAACUCUUUCUGGAAUAGUUCUUCUGAUGUGAUCUUCCACAGUGGCAGGGGUUGUGCAUGUGAUACCUCAAUCAUAAUACUGUUUAUUCUGUUAUUUAAUCUGUUACUGGUUACCUUCACCUGAUAUAAGACAAGCUAAAUGGGCUGAUUCGCGUGGUGUAUUGUUGCAUAUGCAGGUUCUGGCCCCCACUGGAAAAGGUCAUUUUUAUCUUUUUAUCUUUUAAGUUAAGUUUAAUAUAUAUUCGGUUCGGAUUAUUACAUGACAUGAACUUGUUUUUUUUUUUUAGAAGGAUAUGUCGUGCCAGUCAAGACAUACACAUAUGCUAAAAAUCCUGUAUCAUAGUUUGUGAUACACAGCACGGCCGGCACACAUUGCUGUUGAACAUGUGAAUAAGCUACAAGUUUCUCUCCUGAAACCAAAGUAUUUCUUUUUAUUACUAUAGUUCUGGAUUUUGCCCCGUGGAAUUUAUUUUUGAACGCAUUGGGUUUAAAUCAUGAUGCUGGUGUGAUUAGGUCAGUAUGGUUGAAGGUUAAGGAUGUCUUUUGUGAUGUGUUUACUUGUUUAAAUGUCCUUGCGUUAAAAAUAAAAUUGCAAAGGUCAUUUUAGUUUA